AUGUGUUGUUUUGUUCAAGGAAAGUCGCUUGCCCCAAUACCUGAAGAUGAAGCCGAGUGUGAAGAAGAUGAUAGUCACAUAGACGAAACAGAACUCAACAACAGCAAUGAAGGAGGAGAAAAAGAAGACGACUGCAAAAAGGCUAAAGAUCGAGCAGCUAUAGAAAAUGGCGGACAACAUAAUGCCGUAACAGCAAACAACACAAAAAAUAGUGAUUUUGAAAAAGUCAAAUUAUCAUCCGAAGAAUCACCCUCCCGGAACCAGAUCGAGCAAGGACCCCUCAGUCGACAGGCCUCAGGCUGGCAGACUAUCCCAAAACCGAAAGGGCACUCCCAUCUUGACUACUCGAGGUGGGACCGCGUUGAAGACGAGUCGAGCGAAGAAGAAACUGAUGAUGAUGAUGAAGAUGACGAUUGUCACCCUCAGUACCGGUUUCGUGUUAAGACAGUUGGUGUGAAGGCGGUAAAGUAA